AUGGCACUGGUGAUAGGGGGAAUAGAAUAUGUCAAAGCCGUUAUAAGGGAGUGCAAGUUAAUGUGUCAGGGGAGUGGGUGUCUUUGCAAACGCCUUCUUCAUUGUUAUUCGCUUUCACAGCAAUACAUUUACACCCCCCCCCACCUUUUUCUGUGUGAUAAAGCUUCGAAAAGGAGGGAGUGCAUUUCGAUCCACAUUGGGCAGGCUGGAAUCCAGGUCGGAAAUGCAUGCUGGGAGCUCUACUGCCAGGAGCACGACAUUCAACCUGAUGGCCAGAUGCCUAGCGAUAAGACCGUUGGAAGCGAAGAUGAUGCUUUCAAUAUGUUUUUCAGCGAGACUGGUGCAAGGAAACAUGUUCCUCUGGCUGUAUUUGUAGAUCUGGAACCCACUGUUAUAGAGGAGGUUCACACUGGCAUCUAUCGUCAACUCUUUCACCCGGAGCAGCUUACUAGCAGCAAAGAAGACGUGACUAAUAACUUUUCUCGUGGCCAUUACACCAUUGGCAAAGAUAUCGUGUAUCUUUGUCUGGACCAUAUCAGGAAGCUUGCAGAUAACUGCACAGGUCUACAGGGUUUUCUAGUUUUCAAUACAGUGGAUGAAGGGACUGGAUUUGGACUCGGUUUGCUUCUUUUGGAGCGCCUUUCUGUGGAUUAUGGCAAAAAAAUCCAAGCUAGGCUUCACUGUGUAUCCUUCACCGUAGGUGUCCACAUCUGUGGUUGAGCCUUACAACAGUGUGCUUUCUACACACUCACUUCUGGAACACAUUGAUGUC